UAGUUAGUGAUCUGUGGUGAAGUGUAAGUGUCUAAGUGAGGUGUUUUUAUUUUCUGAAUAAUUCUAAUAUUUUCGUAUCCUUUUAUUCUGUUUCGUUGUAAAGGGAAUAUUUAAGUACGUAUUGUUUACGUAUUCAAGGAAACAAUUUGAUGUACGACAUCAAUUCGAUUUGAAUUCCAGUUUCCAGUACCCUUUUCUGUGCAAAGAGGAGCGAGCGUCACAAAUAAAUCAUAUCGGCUUUAAUUUGAUUAGAGUUGACGAAAUGGAAGACUUAUAUCAAGGAGGAGGAGCGUCGUAUGGCCAGAAUGACAACUUUCAACGGCUCUCGCAAACAAUUGCGAGCAACAUCAAGAAAAUAUCACAAAAUGUGUCAUCAAUGACCAAGAUGAUCAAUCAGUUGCAGACACCACAAGACUCGCAAGAACUAAGGAAUCAAUUGCGGCAAAUCCAGAAUUAUACCCAGAAGUUGGCAAAGGACACCUCUUCAAUGCUCAUGCAGCUCAUGAAGACUCCGACUGAUGUUCCGGCGAACAAACUGUCGCGCGACAGACUACGCGACGAGUACAUGGCCACCCUUAACGCGUUUCAGGCAGCGCAAAAGACGGCUGCACAGAAGACAAAAGAAGAUGUCCGGAAGGCCAAAGCUCAGUCUAUCAACAUUGGCGAUCCUUUCGCCCUGGGUGAUCGGCCUGAAAGCGGAGAUUCGGGUCGCUCAUACGCUCUGCAGCAGCAAAUGGCGACACAGUCUGAGGCAGAGCUACAGCAACUGGAGGAACGCGAGCGGGACAUCCGCCAGCUAGAGAACGACAUAACGGACGUGAACUCGAUCUUCAGAGAAUUGGGAACCAUGAUUCACGAGCAGGGCUCAGUCGUGAGCUCUAUUGAAUCAAGCGUGGAAUACGCCUCGCAUACUGUAGAGGCCGCGACCCGCGAACUGAGCACCGCUGCCGGCUAUAAGAACAAAAUGAGGAAGAACAAAAUAUACAUGAUGAUGAUCCUGAUCAUCAUUGUAGCGAUUAUCCUCAUCAUAGUGUUUGCGCGCUAAACCCUGGACCCUGCGAGCCCUAGCGCCUAAAACCGUCACCUUAUUGCCUUCCCGUAUUGACUAUAUGGGGCCAUUUCAAAUGGCCACAUUUGACAAUUGAUUUCGUUCAUUUAAAAAAAAAAUCUUCUGUUUUUCAUAAUAGGUAUCUCAACUUCAAUUUCCAUUUUCUGGACUACUUUCAAUCGUAGGCGAUUAAAUGACUAGUCGCAUGGUAAAAUAAGUUGAUUCCUAUACUCUAGCUACCGAAAGAAAUUAUUAAUACAGGGCUCUCUCUGUUACGUAGUCCCAUACAUAAAUGACAGAGAGAGCGAUAUGAAUCACCAACCAAUCACACAAAAAGUUAUGUUUUCGAAUCGAAUUUUGAAUGUUUUUUGUCACUUUUAACUUAUUUAAUCAAAGCUUUGUGCAAAAACAGUUUUUGUUUGAAGUGACUUGACACUUUUUCUUUGAGACUGAGAUAUCGAAUAACAAUAUGUAAGCGAAAUGGAAUGCAAUAAGGUCGCGGCCGAGGUCCGUUCGACCACAGCAAUACUGUCGCGAGUGUCUUAAAUGUAUGUAAAUAUGUGUAGACUACAUCUCUUCAUAUUUUACACGAUUUCGAGAUAACGGCUCGCAGUUUUAAUUUCAUUCACAGACUAAGAUACUGACAUUAUAACUUUAUUUUUUUUAUGGUUACUACAACACAAAAAGUCUUUGAACAGUUUUAUUGCCUUCACAAUUCGCUAUCAAAGAUAUAAUUUACUGUUUUUGAUAUAAUACACUGGACUGCUUUGUUUUUGGUUGUUAACAUAUAAGUUGACAAAAUUCUUUCAAGUUGAAACUACUACUUAAAGUGCAUUCCAGGCUUAGACCAGGGCAGGGACAUAUAGUGCGUACAUUUUGAAUCUCACUCGCCAUUUUAGCUCUGUGUCGACUGUCAUGUCAAAAGCAAGGUUAAAAUUAUAGUGCGGCCGUUUUAAGAUUGCGUUUUUGACAUAUUUAUUUAUUUAUUUAUUUAUUCAAAGGUACACACAACAGGUUGUAACUAAAAAUGGUCCAAACAUAAAAACAAAAGAUCCUAAUCUAAGUGACAACCCCU